GACUGUGUCACAGUGUGUGAGCAACAGCUGGGGUCCUACUCGGUACAGUAUUAUUUAGUACCCAAACCAUGGGUGUUUGGUCAUUAUGUUGGCAUAACGUGUACAGUAUGUUAACUGUGGUUGAAAGGGUAAUUCUCUGCAUAUAACAACCUGCCAGUAGUCUAACAGUAAGUAGUGGAUCGGCUCAUGCAACGGAGGAUGAGCACUAUGCUGUGAACAGAUAAGAUUGUGGCCAUUUCAACUAAUGCUGCAGAGUGCAAUAUGCCAUGCCCACUACUAUUCAGCCGGUAAAAGGUGUUGUCUUUUGGGAGUGAAGUUCCGAUGAAUACUUUGGAAUUAUUGCGCAUUUUGUGGCCUGCUUUUCGCCUCGACCAGCGUUUCAUCGACAGAUUAGAAGGAUCUCGUAACUGGAAAGGGAUACGGAACACUAAUGCAUUUGUUUUGGUAGACUAGCUGACUUGUUUCUGUUGCUUUUUCUGGAUUUCGUGGUGGACACCCGACCGCAGUGCCUCGUUCUAACGUCGUUUGCCCGGCGAUAAACCAGUAAGAUCUUUGGCAGAUAAACUCACGCCUACUGGCUGCGUUUGAAAACAUUAUCCCCCUUCAUGAACAUUUGCGAAGAAGUCAUGGCAAAGAGGCUGCAGUUUCGAUCUGUGUUGUGCCUGAUAGUGCUGUUGUACGUUUGUACAUUCUUUGUAAUCCUUCCAAUCUUCUGUUGGAAUCGGCCCUUCUCCCGAUACUACCUGAAGACCAGUCGCAGCAUUGAGGGCGCCAUAGCAGAUGACGUCGCCCAAGGUCAACGAGCAGAUGAAUAUUUUGAGGGACUGGACCCAAAGUCGUCGUUAGCGUUCCACACCAGCGCCCUGGAGCGGCAGACCCCUCCUACGUAUGCCAUUGGGAUCGUCACAGUGAAGCGACAGUCGGCCAAAUACAGCAAGUACAAUCCAAGAUACCUGACUCGGGUCGUCGCCGAGUUCGACAGACUGCUGAAAGCGGCGGAUCGCCACGACGUUGUGUUCUUCGUAUGCAACGCGGAGAACAUGCCACGCCAACACACGGAAGCAUGGCGGCUCACAAAAUACGUGCACGUCGUGAGCAAGACCAAAUCUGACCACACAUCUGCUGAUACUCGAGAACAGGAGAAGCUUGACUAUCUGUUCUGCAUGAGUCAGAUCGAGACCUUCGGUGCCAAAUACUCCAUCUUAGUCCAAGAUGAUGCCAUACCCUACCCACAGUUUGUCGCCUCCCUCGAUCGGCUCAUGGACUCUCGCGUCGAAAAUACAGUGGUUCGUGGCCAACGAGUUCCAAAUCCGGAAGCGUGGGCGGCCGUGAAAUUCUAUUUCCCUGAAAAGUGGCAGGGAUAUGGCAAUGAGGUGUUUUUAAUCAGAGAGCUUUUUUCGGCUGCCAUAUUUGGCGGUGGCAUUUUACUCGGCCUUUUUCGAAUCUUGUGUAGCUCAAAUCUCACCUGGACUCAAACCUUCUUAAUUUUUACUUCAUUUUGCAUUUUCUUUGGUUGCUUACUUUUUGCCAUAGGAAGGCCUUACUUACUAAUGUUGCGCCUUUUCUCUGUCGAUUUAUAUUCUUUAAGGGGAGCUCCGGAAUGUUGUAUACCCGCUGUCUUGUACCGAACUAAGUCGCUACCGCCCAUACGGGAGCAUCUAAAGGGGAUCACGUGCCGCAGGCAGCGCCCUCUAGAUAUUGAGAUCAGUCGGUUUCUUGCGGGCCUGGGGGAGAAACAGUAUCUAGUCAUGCCGAAUCUCUUCAACCAUAUUGGCAUGUUCUCAUCAUUACACGAAAAUGUGAACAGUCCACACUUAUUUCUGGGAUAAAUAGCAAGUUUCACUCCACUACGUUGAAUGAAAAUAGGUGAUUUUGAUUUCCAGGGCAUGUUCAUGAGGUCGUUCAACAUCCUUCUGGUUCCCGUUAUCUAAUAAUGACAGGUGCAACAAUACCACAUGGACCAAGUUCCAGAUAAUGCCAUCGCCCUUUAAACAUUACACAUUUAUGAAGAACGCAUGUGCGUGACAAAGCAUUGUGGGUAGUUUACUGCCUUAAUCCACAUACAUGUACGUUCAGCGCAAGUGGGAGGACGCUCUUCAGGUCGACUAGUCGUGUUGGAAUUUACCUUUGCUGUUUUUUUCCAACGGGUUUUUAUCUAGUGAUGGCUAGAGAUAUCUAUAUUACCCUUUCAAGCGCCCUAUAUUAAGUGGGGCACACGAUUCUACCAUGGAGUCUCCACUGCUCCCUAAAAAUAAAUACAAACACAAAAUCACUCUGAAGAAAGCCCUGUAUUCGUGCAAGACAAGUGAUGGUUAAAAUGCCGUGUUACCCAAAAGUACCAGACGAGGCGAUAAAUAAGGUUUCAGCCAAAUUCACAUUCACUGUUACUCUUAAUAUCUUAUUCGAUAAUAUAUAUUAUAAUAUUCUUUUAAUAUCUAUUUUCGUACCGUCAGAGAAGCGGAAAUUUCACUUCGAUUCCAAUUUCGAUGACAAGGUGGUGUGUUCAAGUUGGUUGACCUCUCCCACAAUGCUUCUAAAUCUGAGCUUUUUACGUGGAGUACUUCCAGAUGUCAAAUUGGCGAUCAUGAAGAAAUUUAAAAUUGGUGGGAAGGAGUUGUGCAAGGAACUGCGUAGUUACAUGCACAAAACAAUGUUCAGCUUCGGUGUAGCGUGCUUUAAUCUUAACGUUUGUUGAUUGAACAAUCAUUGUUGGAAAGAUAACUUUAAUUUUCUGAUUUUGUACUUAUGGUAGUACUCCAGGCUAAUAUUUGUAUAAUAUAUCUUGCGGUUGGGGUUAAUAAAUCGACUUGUCAAGCACAAAA